UUCAGCUCAACACAUCACACAUCAAGAUUUGUACCAAGGCAGCGCAGCUACAGAGACCAGAGGAGCAAAUGCAACUCAGAGUGUGAGCCGGUGAAACAACGUGCUGAUGUUGAAUGAUGACGAUACAGGGAGAGGAGAAUCUGAAAAGAGCCUGUAGAAUCAGCUGCAGCUGAAAGAGGUACCUUUUAAUAUGGAUAUGAGUAGAAACAUUCAUAAGGAGUCAGUGGGGUAUCCAGGAGGGAUCAAACGGAAGAAACAAUACGACAAAGAAAUGGAAACACUGCUUGACAGACUUCAGCUUCGAGAAAAACGGCAACAGAAAUUGUCACAAGCAGAUUUUCUCAAAGUAGGUCCACCUGUGAAACAGGAACAUGACACGUCUGAGAGAGAUGUAGCUCAUACUUUCCUUCAGAGGUUGAUGAUGCUGGACUAUAGAGCCCGAUAUAUUCCUGUGAGACAGGACAGUCCUGAGGUGAGCCACUCAAACCCUGUUGAAGAGUCCGUCACUGAUGAUACAGACGAUGAUGAUGAUGAUGAUGAUGAUGAUGCUGCUCUUUUCAGCACCAAUGUUGACUUUGAUCAAUCCAAAGUCAAGACUCACGUGCAUCCAAUGGACGUUCAAAUGGCAGUAUUUCACUGCUCAGACAGCUUUUUGAAGCAGAACAUGAUUACGAAGCUAUCACAAUGUCAGUACGCCUUACCUUUCCUUGUUCCUGACCCCGUCACAAUGGAGAUUCACUGUCCUCUGUGGACAUUCAGACAAAUAAGAAAAACAUGGAAGAUAACUGAAAUGAAAGAUAACUCAAACUGUGUCACCAUGAAGAGUAUGCCCAUCUGCAAAGCGGACACACCCUUGGUGUCAUUCCUCCGCCUGGGUUCACCAUCCGUGUCCAAAUCUCAGCUGAUGAACACUUUGAUCAACGAUCGUCACAACACCUUCUUCCACAGAGACUGCCCAGGUAGCACCAGGUCUCGCCAUCUGAUGGAUGGUGUGGCAGAGAUUGCAUGGUACUGCCCAGCUGGAAAAGCCAAUGAUGCCUUCACUGACUGCAUUGCCUUCUGUAAUCUUCAUGGUGAUGCUGUGUCAGUUGUUCAACAGCGUGACAUACUGACUGACAAAUCUUCAGUCAAUGUUGUUCUUGUACCAACUCUGGAACAAGGUGACAAAAGCGCUUCGGUUAUCUCAGCCCUUUACAAGUCUCCAAAACCUCUCAUUAUUCUCAUUGCUGAAAAAGAUGGUGGUGCUGUCCAGAUGAAAAAGGGAAAAUACAAAAUGGGUUUAAAGGGUCGAAGCCAGUCAGGUGUUUCUGAAGAACUGAAAAAAAUCCUUGUAAAGAUUUUGUCUGGACCACAUUCAUCCUUCCAGCUUGAAUCCAUGGCUGAAGUUUCUGGAGUCAAAGUGGAUGAAGAUGACGAAGUCUGCCAAAAAGGAAAAUCUGCUGCAAUGAAAAUGGUGGACUUGCUUCAGAAGAUGGAUGUUUCAAAGAUCAAAGAUACAUAUCUUUCCUGUCAAGGCAAACUGUGGCAUGAAUGGUGCAAAAUCAACAAAGAGCUGUAUCACCUCAAAGGAAACAUUGAGCUUGAGAAAUGUCAAAAGCAAGAUAAACUGAAGCAAAUACGUCAGGCUCAAUGCAACGCUUCCUGUAGUGAACCGAUGACAGUGUUCAUUGAAAGCCUCUCAUCUUCGUCAGCAACAGAAAAAGAGUAUUUUCUGAAAUGGACUCAGAUCUUAAUAGAUGCCCUCUCCACAGACGAUCUCUCUUCAAUUCUCCAAACCUAUGAUGAAAAGUGGGCUGAGCUCUUGGCCUUGAAGAAGAAGGAGCAGGACACUGCUCAGCUAAAAAGAAAGCAAACUGAGCUCAAUGAAAUAUCAACAAAAGUGCAGUCAGCAACGUUUGGCUUGGAGCACAUCUUCAGAGAAAUGGGACAGAUCUAUGAAGCUCAUGCAGCUCUAGAGAAACAACCAAAGAGUGACCAGACUGACUGGUCUAAAUACCCUGAGCUGGCUGCAGAGCUGAUGAUAUCAGGACAACCAAUGGAGCUGAUGGAUGGUGAUGCAGGUCAUGUACCUUUAACAUGGAUCUCUGGUAUUUUAGAUGAAGUCAUCAAGAAACUGGGUGACAAGAGAGUUUUUGUUUUGUCAGUGUUAGGCGUACAAAGCAGUGGAAAAUCAACCAUGCUGAAUGCCAUGUUUGGGUUGCAGUUUGCAGUGAGUGCUGGCAGGUGCACCAAAGGUGCCUUCAUGCAGCUGAUGGAAGUGUCAGUGGAGAUCAAGAAAGACUUUCAGUUUGACUACAUGCUGGUGGUGGACACUGAAGGACUGCGUGCUCUUGAGUUGGAAGGUAACGCCACUCUCCAACAUGACAAUGAACUGGCAACAUUUGUGGUUGGUCUGGGCAACAUGACACUGAUCAACAUCUUUGGAGAGAAUCCGGCUGAGAUGCAAGAUGUUCUGCAGAUUGUGGUUCAGGCUUUCAUGAGGAUGAAGAAAAUUAAACUUUCUCCAAGUUGUGUGUUUGUUCACCAGAAUGUUACAGAUAUUGCUGCCACAGAGAAAAACAUGGAUGGGAAGCGACGGCUGCUAGAAAAACUGGACAAGAUGACCCAACUAGCAGCCAAAGAGGAGGUUUGUGUUGCCGAGUGCUUCAGUGACAUCAUUGCAUUUGAUGUGCAGAAAGAUGUGAAAUACUUUGCCCAGCUUUGGGAGGGAAGUCCACCGAUGGCUCCUCCAAAUCCAGGUUAUAGUGAGAGUGUCCAAGAGCUGAAGACCAUCAUCCUCUCAAAAGCUUCGCAGUCAGCUGGGAUUACUCUCUCGCAGUUCAAAAGCAAAAUUAAGGACCUGUGGAACGCCCUGAUGAACGAAGAAUUUGUUUUCAGUUUCAAAAACACACUUGAAGUUGCAACGUUCAGAAAACUUGAGGUCCAGUAUGGGAACUGGACCUGGAGCCUGAGGAGCAAGUUGGAGACCAUUAAGAACGGGUAUCUUCAGAAAAUUGGAGAGGGAACACUUGCCGAGGUCCAGCUCAGUCAUCUUCAUAAACUAUCAAAUGAAACCUAUGAGGAAAUCAAAAACGCAAUGGUAACAUACUUUGAUCAUGACACAGACAAAGAAAUGUUGGUUCAGUGGCGAGGCCGAUUUGAAAGCAAAAUCAAGGAGUUUCAUGAUGAACAAGUGGGAGGAGUUAAAAGAAAACUGGAUGAAGUCAUCGUGCAGAAACGUGCUUGUAGAAAGCUUGAUGCUAAGAAGACAGAGUUUGAGAACAAGCUGCUAGAAAAGAGCAGAGAACUCGCUCAUCAGUUAAAGGACCAGAACAAAGAUGAAAAGGAACUUGAAGAGCAGUUCAACUGUGUUUGGAGGGACUUGGUUCAAGAACUAAUUGCAGAUACAAAACCUAUUGAGGACAUCAACUAUGACGAAGAUCAAUCAACAGUCCUCCGGGAGCUUGGUUUUGAAUAUUCUCUCAUCGAUGAAUCCAGAAGAAGUGCCAGAUACAAACAAAUAGCAAUGGCUGGUGAUUACACUCCUUAUGUAUCUCAGACCAAGCAUCGCGAUCAGUGUAGCACAGGCCAACAAUGUAACACUACAGGAAAGGGAAACAGUUCUACUGUUGGUCACACAGUCUUGGGAUUUUUGGGAAAAGUGAGCGAUUACUUUACGGAGCGUUUUCCGUUUAAAGAACAGGAAGUGAUCAGAUCCUUCAUUGACGACGUUGAACAACAGGCCCUUGACUCAAUUAAGGGCAAACCUGUCGCUACAGAAGGCUACAGUGCAACUCACUUGCAAGAAGUGGCCAACAAUGUAAAGCGAAGAGUGACACAAUUUGAAUCACAAAAGAAAUAUGCUCUAAAGAAGGAGUUCACAGUGGAUCUCUUACUGUAUGUAUUUCACAGAGCAUGGAGCUGGCUGUCAGAGUCCCACAAAGAAUUCAAAGUGAAAAAUGAUGCACACUCCUAUGUGGAAAGCAAGAAAGAGCACUACUAUGUUUUUAGGUUUGUUCUUAACAUCAGCAACAUUGGGACUACAGAUGAAAAAUAGCCUCUUGGCUAACUCUGGCACAUUUACUGCAAAGUUUUUAUCAAUGUGCACUGUCCCUUAUUAAAUAAACCAUUAUAGAAAAAACUACAGCAUUUUCAAAACAUGCUGCAAAGGAAGCUCAUCUGCUGUUGUGCUUGGAGAACUGAUCUGUGA